GCUACUACUGCGCACUGUUUACGGCACAGGAGACAAAGCAAACACAAUUACCCCACUGGAUCAUACGCUUUAUUUAACCAUUUCACAACCGAAACUUACUUAAGUAAAUCUCAUGACACAAAGAUUCUACAAGCUUUUCGUCCCAAAUGGAUAUAAAUAUGUUUGCAGCAUCUGGGCUCUGGAAAAGCGUAAUGUAAACAUCUGUAUGGAGGACAGUUAAAAGACCCACACCCAUGAUAUGUGAACACUUUAAAAGAUCCUUUCAAUAAAGAAAGUUUUCUUUCUCAGCAGAAAAUAUUUCUGCAAUAAUGGAUGUAGAAGAGGACGGCCCAUCACAAAAUAAUGAGGAUUCAAGCCAGAAACAUAAUGGUCCCAAAGAGAAUGACAAAAAAAAAGAGGCCAAAGGAACCUGUUUAAAAAUCGAGGGGAAAGAUGGCUAUGUGUUCAAAUCAUACAGCAUUACUCCUCAUGAGAUUUUGGAUGCAGCACUGCCUCCCAGUCACACAGACUCACUGGAUGAAGACUCUUCUUUUUUGUCCUUGGAGGGCACAGAGGAAGGUGUAUCUGCUCAGGUUGAUGGGCUAUCAAUGGUGGAUUCAACAGUAGAAACUUGUGAAGAAAAGCAAAACUCUCAAACCUCUUCAGCCAUUUCAAAUAAGAGCCAGAACACUGAAAUAAAUAACUCGUCUGAAAUUGAAACAAGUGUAAGUAUCAAAACUGAGCCAAAUGAUACGGGUGAGAUUACUCAAGAUGAUGAAAAGUCAUCUUUUGAUGGAGCCUUUGGUCCUUUUGCAACAAGAGGUUACGAUGAGGAUUAUGGUAGCUUGUUUAGUGGGUACUCAAGUACCCUUUAUGAUGUUGCAAUGGAUGCUGUCACACAAAGCCUUCUAACGUCAAUUAGAAGUCCCCUUAACCCUAGGAAAAAAUCUCCUGCUUGGAAUCAUUUUUUCAUAUCACCACGUGAUAGUACCAAAGCAAUCUGUAUGUACUGUAUGAAGGAGUUCAGUAGGGGUAAAAAUGAGAAAGACCUCAGUACUAGUUGUUUAAUGAGGCAUGUGCGAAGGGCUCACCCCACUGUUCUUCUGCAAGACAGUGACUCGCUAAAUAAUUCUUCCAAUACUUCCUCAUCUUUAAUACCUCCACCAAACAAUGGAGACUUCUCUGUAAGCAUGAAGCCCCCCAUAGACAGUGUUACUCCACUGUCCGCAUUUUUAAACGAGGCCACAGAUUUAGUGCCAAAAGAUUCUUUACAAAAAGUUCAACCAAAAGCAGAAAAGGGGGCCAAGGGUGACUUUAGUACAAUUGCAUCCCCACAUUCCUUGAACAACCAUAAUGAUAAUGCCAUGGACAUGGGGACCGAAUGUCCUGGAUCUGCCCCUAAGACCUCCAGUUCUCGGCGACGCUCCGCCGUAUGGAAACACUUUUAUUUGUCACCUGCUGACAGUUCGAAAGCAGUGUGUAUUCACUGCAUGAAUGAGUUCAGUCGUGGAAAAAAUGGAAAAGACUUGGGAACAAGCUGCCUUAUACGCCACAUGUGGCGGGCCCAUCGAGAUAUAGUUAUUGAAGAAAAUGGACAGGGAUCAAGCAUUCCUCCGCCUUACACCACUCCACCAACACUGUUGUCCCGUACACAGGUUCAGGAAUCAACAGAGGUCAAAAAGGAGUUCAUAUGUACUUCAUAUCCCCCUGAAACCAUAUCAGAUGAAGUGCCCAAUGAAGAUGGUGAGAACAUUACAGUUGAGGAGGAGGCAAAUGAUGCUACAUAUCAAUCAGGACAAGAGUCCUCGCUUGAUGCUUGUUUUAGAUUGAAGGGGGAAAACAUAUCUCUUUCAUCAUCCCCCGAGGAGCAUGCUGAAGUGCAGCGUGUAUCAGAAGAUCCAAGCUCAGUUUUCCAACAAAACAAGAGAAUAAUGAAACGGGUAAAAUCAGAGGUAUGGCAUCAUUUCAUUGUCUCUCCUGUUGACCAGCUCAAAGCCUUGUGUCGAUACUGUCCCUGUGUCAUUAGUCGUGGUAAACGAGGGGACUUUGGUACAAGCUGUUUAAUGAGGCAUUUGAUGCGAAGGCAUCCUGAUGUCCUUAAGACCCAAAAAAGCACAAGUGACACAGUAUCCUCGCCUCAGUCACCCCAUAAUACUCCUGCUGCAGAGGGUGACAUGUUAACAAAUGCAACAGACCACCCUGUCAUUGAGAACAAACCCCACACCCUGCCUGUUUUCAGCAAAAAGACUUCAAAGCUGUGGAAUCACUUUUCUAUUUCUUCUACAGACCCAACAAAAGUGGUCUGUAUGCACUGUAGCCGUACAAUUAGUAGGGGCAAAAAGACAACCAAUUUAGGCACUAGUUGCUUAUUUAGGCAUAUGCAGAGGUUUCAUGGAAAUGUGCUUGAAAAUAAUAGUAGUAUCUCAGGUGAUGUGUCAUCUGCUGAAAUUCAAGUUAAGCAGGAGCUCAUGGACAUUUCUACAUAUGAGGAGAAUGCAGAAAAAUUUAGUGAAUGCCACCCAAUUGCCAAAAAAAUCACCAAACUCAUUGCAGAAAUGCUUGCACUGGAUCUUCAGCAAUCAACUGUAGUGGAGAAUGUUGGCCUGAACCGAUUACUAGAAUAUCUCCAACCACAGUAUGCUCUACCUUCGUCAUCUUACUUUACCAGCACUGCAAUCCCAGAAAUGUAUGAAAGUGUGAAACAAGUACUUCUGACCCAUCUCAAAGAGGCUGAAGGUGGAAUCAUCCAUUUCACUACAAGUGUAUGGGUGACCAGUCAAACUCAAGAGUACUUGACUCUUACAGCCCACUGGGUAACAUUUGAGUCUCAAGUUGUGCCUCAGGGGCAGGAUUUCCACUGCUCAGCCCUCCUUGGUGUUUCUUCAAUUGACUGUGAUUACAAUAUUCAGAACAUACAGAAGCAGCUUGAAUAUCUUUGGGACACCUGGAUUGGAUCCUCUGGCCUUAAAAUUGGAUUUACUGUAACAGAUAAUCAAACAAUUGAAAGCAUUUUAGCAAGCAGUAACCAAAACACCAUGCAAUGUUUUGUUCACAACAUAGACCUCAUUGUUAAUGAAGCCAUAAAAAGUCAGAGGAUGGUUCAGAACUUGCUAAGUAUUGCUAGAAAAAUCUGUGAGAGAGUGCAUCGUUCUAUUAAAGCAAAGGAGAAGUUGGCAGAAUUGCAAAUAUCUUACCAGUUACCUGAAAAUCAGCUGGUCCAGGAUGUUCCCUCUAAGUGGAAGACAUCAUACUUCAUGCUUGAGCGAUUAGUAGAGCAAAAAAAAGCCAUUGAUGAGAUGUCAAUAGAUUGCAAUUUCAGGGAAUUGAUAAGCUCUGACCAGUGGGAAGUCAUGCAGUCAGUCUGCAGUGCCCUUAAACCUUUUGAGGUUGCCUGCAGGGAGAUGAGCAAUCGCACUGCAACACUAGGCCAGGUCAUUCCACUGAUUCACAUACUCAAUCGAAAGAUAGACAUGCUUUUUGAUGAAACCAUGGGCAUUGACAAUAUGCUAAAGUCUUUAAAGGAAUCUAUGGUGACCAGAAUGUCUCAGACACUUCAUGACCCAAGGUACAUAUGGGCAACCAUGUUGGACCCGAGGUAUAAGACCUCCCUCUUUACUGAAGAAGAGGCAGAGCAGUGUAAGCAGGACCUCAUACAAGAGCUGGAGUUGUCUACAUCUACCUCCACAAAAACUAAACUUCCACUGUCUAAUGGAUACAGUGAGGUACCAGCUUCAACAAACAGCUCAGGCACAAAAAAAAAAGAUAACCUCUGGGCACUUAUGGAUGAUAUAAGACAGAAAAUCAAGGCAGAGGAGAGACCAAAGUCGUCAGAGGUUGCUGUGAUGGAAUAUUUGGAGGAAGACAUCCUUGAUCAGAGCUGUGAUCCCCUAGAUUAUUGGAACCUGAAGAAAUUUUUGUGGCCUGACCUUGCCAAAGUAGCUGUGCGUUAUCUGGGUUGUCCACCCAGCACUGUACCAGCAGACACACUGUUUAGUACAUCAAGUCUUAAUUGUGCCCUGAAUCAAUCACGACCAUUGCUUGAAAAUCUAGAAGGACUCCUAUUUUUAAAGGUCAACCUUCCGUUGAUAUAUUUUCAUUACUGAUU